AUGGCGGAGGAGACCGAGACCGAGAAGCCGCUCUUCUCUCCUGCAGAUGUCUCGCUCCACGCGUCCACAAAGGACUGCUGGGUCGUCAUCCAUGGCAAGGUGUACGAUGUGACCAAGUUCUUGGAGGACCACCCCGGCGGAGAGGAUGUCCUGCUCCAUGCAUCUGCCUCUGGGGAUGCCACCGAGGCUUUCGAAGAUGUGGGCCACAGCACAUCAGCCAUCAGCAUGAUGAGCAGCUACCUGAUUGGAAGCAUCGAGGACUAUGUGCCUCGCAGUACAUCGAAGGACGCAACAGUUGGUGGCAGUAAUGUGCUGCCUGAUUCCAGAACAAUGCAGAGGAACAAAGGCUCUCCUGCUCCAAACACAUUUCUGGACUUCGUGCUCCCUUUAUGCAUGCUUGUCCUGGCCUUUGCAGCUUGGUACUACCUAACCUUCGUGGCCGAGAGCUAG